AUGGAUAAUGAAAUCGCUAUCCUGGGAAGAAGGGGGAUACGUGUUGAUGGAAGAUUUCUCUCGAACCUUCGUUUCGCGGACGACAUCGUUCUCUUUUCGAGCAGUACCAAUGAAGUAGAAACGAUGCUCAACGAAUUGAACGAAGCAGGGAAGAGAAUAGGACUACGAAUAAACAGAAAGAAGACACAGUUCAUGAAGAACGCCUAUUGCGAGGACGGAGGAGUACAACUUGAAGGCUCCCAAAUCGUGGAAACUUCGUCAUACGUAUACCUCGGGCGUUCUAUGAACAUGGAAAACGACUUGAAGGAAGAGCUAAAUAGAAGAAUGAGUGCAGCAUGGGCAGAAUUCGCAGUCGUCAGGGAAGCUACGCACCAACAGACGGACCAAGAUCUUCGUGCCCAUCUGUUCGACUCGACUGUUCUUCCUCUGUUACGCAGCAAAGACGUGGGCAAAUACUGCUGUCACGUCUAA